AUGCCUCAAUUCGAGUUCGUCACCAUAUCCGACCCGAGUGAGGCCAAGAAGCACUCGACAAAGGUCCGCCGCCAUGUCAUGAAAGAUAUAGGCAAGGCCCGGCGCAAGGUCAAGCCCGGGGCCAAGGAGAAGACGACGACCAAGCGCAAGGGCGCGGCCGACACACCCGAGGAAGCGGAUCGGGACAUUAUUCCGAUACGCACCGGCAGGAGGCAGAUUCAGGUUUCCGUCGGCCCCGAACGCGACAUGAGCACCCGCGCUGCACGGCCGCCAGUCAUCAGUCCCUGGGCUGAGGGACUGCUUAGUCAGAUGAUAUACCCGAUUGAGAUGAAUGAAUCCAAACUCGAGCUCGUCCGCUUCAUGGUCGAGGAAGCACGCUACGUCUAUAGGCCUUUCCGCUUCUUGUGGCUAGGCCUGUCCGUCACAAAUGAGGCCGCAUGGUACAUUACGCUCGCAAAUUCGGCGGCUUGGCGAGCUGGUGACUGGGGUAGCAUGGUCAAAGACAUUCAAGGCAACCCUGAAGCCUUGGGCUACUACUCAAAAUCAUUGAAUCGAAUCAGCGAACGGCUAAAUAACGCCCCCGAUGACGUCGACCUGGAAGGCCUUAUCGUUGCGAUUGCAGGAUGUAUUUGUCAUGACGCAACGAUGGGAAAUUUCGACAGGGUGAAUGUGCACCUACAAGGACUCAAGAGGAUGAUCGACAAGAAAGGAGGAAUGUCCAAGCUCAGCAUACCUUUAUUACCGUUGGCAAUCGCAUGGCUCGACUUGAAUGCGGCAACCUAUCGAAAUUCCCUUCCGUAUUUCCCUGCUAUCAAUGCAGCUGCCCUUGUUAUUGAGGAUGUCGGGGAUGAGUGUCAAUAUCUUGAUGCUCUACUAGAGAGAUGGGAUCACCAGUGCCCAAGUCUCGGCGAUAUACAAAGUGCUAUCAUGGCUACCUCCAAAGUUGCUGCGCAUAUCAACAAGCACAAUGAGAAGCCAGGUUUCUGGCGUGAUGAUCUCAACCUUGCGCGGAUGUUGUCCCCAGCCUCUCAUGAGAUUCUGACCCUGCCAGGACGGCCGCUACCGGAUGAUGUCCUCGACCCAAAUUACUCUGGAGUCGCCGCCCGUGAGGCGUUUCGCUGUGCCGCGCUCAUAUUCCUUGCCGACGUGAAGCGUCGCUUCAAUGCUCCCGUAUGGGAACUACCUAGACAUCUCGACGCAUUUCGCCAAAUCUCGCGUCUUCCCAUGGUCGACUGGGCUGCCGUGCCCGAAUUGAACUUGUGGGCGCAUGCCGUGGCUGCUCUAGUGGAUGACAAGGCAGAUCAUGAGGACCGGAGCUGGCAUAUCAAGGUCAUUGUGGGCAUCAUGGACGUCAUUGGCUGUCGGACGGCUGCCGAAGGCCUCGGCAUCGCCAGGGGUGUCAUAUGGAUUGAUAACCUCAUGGGUGAGAGAGCGGCUAGACUCGAAGUUGAUAUUGAUGCGCAUUUGCGAGCGCGCGAAGAUCCCCCAGAGCGAAAUAUCCAGGAAUCAACAGAAACAGCACCACUCAAAACCACUGGCAUCGUUCAGAAUAAGGUACUCGCCAAAGAUACUACGACAGGACAUAUAACAUUGAAAUCUACCCCCAGAAGGAUUGAAGUUGAUAGAACUUCAAUCUUUGAAAGUGCUCUAGAGAGAUCAAGGGCUUUACAGCGCGCCGAGUCUUGA